AUGCAGGGAUUUAAACUCGUGCUCUUGUCGUUGAUAGUGACCGUUAGAGCAAUGUCAGACGCAGAUGAGACGGAAAGCAAAGGCUGCAAAAACAGUUGCUGUUCAGUAAUAAACGUGUACUGUACAAUAACCGUCGCAGGCAUUCAAGGUCUUCCUGGAGCUGCUGGAGCUGCUGGAGCUGCUGGCGUUCCUGGCGUUCCUGGUGCUCCUGGCGCUCAUGGCGCUCCCGGCGCUCCCGGUAACCGUGGCGAUCGUGGAGAUCCUGGUCAAGAAGGACAAAGAGGAGGAAAAGGUGAUAAAGGGGCAACCGGAAAAGUUGGUCCAAAAGGUGUCACAGGCGAGACUGGAGUUAGGGGUCCGACCGGACCGAGGGGGCUGCCAGGCGUUUUCCGUUCAAGCGUGUGCUCUAAUGACAGAAAGGGUAAGCACAUCAGAGUGCAUUACGGAUAA